GAUGAUGAUGAAGAUGUUGACGACGACGGCAACGGCGGCGAUGGCGACGAUUCAAAAACCACAAUCGGAUUUAAACAGUCUUAUCGCUGAAGCUGAAGAAAAUGCACAAAAACUUGUCUUGAAAAAUUAUAUUCCAACGCUAAUCAUAAUCACAUGUUUUCUUGUCUUCAUAAGCAUUUUUGGUCUAAUUGGCAAUUGGUUAGUAGUGCAUACAAUCGGUAGACAUAUAUUCCGCAGAUCUUUUCACCUGUUAGAACGUUGUCUACGCGUUCUGUGUGUGUUCUGUUGUCGACGAAACAAACCUCUUGAAUAUCAACAAACCCAACUACAUGUAUAUCAAUGUCGUGAUGAUGGCAAUCAUCAAAGCCAACUGACUAAUUGCCUUGAUGUAAAUCAAUUCAGAACACCAAGUCUUGUACCACUUGGUCAUUUAUCGAAUUCCACUGAAGAGAAAUUACACAGACAACAUGAGCCUGGCAUAAACGCUACUACUACUACUACUACCGCUACUACGAAUGGUUUACCACAAACAGUUCAACAUACAACAACAGACGGUAGUACAGAAUAUUUAGGCAGUCGACAGAAUAUCCACCGAUCUUCAUCAGUUAAGCGUCCGACUACACAAACAAAUCUUAACUCUGACCUGUUAAUUGUCCUGCUAGCAAUUAAUGAUUUAAUUAUUUGUGCUGUUGACAUACCCACGACAAUAUUUCUUAUUGUCUGGGAGACAAGAACAUAUGAUUUUAUGUGUCGUUUACAUGUAACACUGAAAGCAUUCACACUGACUGUUUCUGCCCUGUUUCUAGUCAUUAUUGCUUUAGACCGUUGGCUGUUGAUCUGUUUUAUCCCAUGUAUUAUCAUGACGAAAAGGUGUAUUAUGAAGUUGAUUAUUAUCACGUAUAUAUUAGGUUUAUUAUGGGCAAUCCCGAUGGGAUUACACCAAGGUGUACAUACGUAUUUUAAAAUAAGUACAGUGGAUAAAUUAGUACCUAAUGAUAUUGAAGCGUAUAUUAUGCUCCAAGAAUUAUCAUCAUCAUCGUUAUCAUCCUCGCCAUCAUCAUCAUCUUCUGUAUCUUCAAUGAAACAUUCUUCAUCAUCAUUCACGUAUAUUUCAUCAAAAUGUCUUGAUUUGAUUACUUCAUUUACAAAUUAUGGCUACUGUAAAUCAGAUGAACGUUUUAUAUCGAGCAGUGGUUAUGAAAUCUAUCAAAUGUCUAUCCUGAUUUUAUUUGCUUUCAUAUUCACAUGUAUAUGCCUGUUCUACGGUUACUUGUUCUUCUUCAUACUAGUGCAUCAAUAUCGUUGGAGGACGAAAUUUGCACCGAGAACUAUCUUAAUUAAACCCACCCCUGCUCAUGAGAAGAUAAUCAGUGAAAAUUCAGUCAAUUCCUCAAAUAAUAACUUUAAUUCUACACAUAGAAAGCAGAUGUUAUCAAAGACAGAAAUCGAUGACAAGUAUAACAGGGAAAGAUUUCCAAGUGUACAGAUGGCAGAGAUGAAUAUAACAGCAACAACAACAACAAGAAGUCAACAAGAUCCUUGCAAUAUACGCAUUACGCAUAGUGAUCCACUGAUCUAUACAAAUGUAGAAAUAGCCAGCUAUCAACAGCAACAGAAUACCCCCAGUGGAAAUAUACAACCGCAAAUAUCAAUCAGUAGACCUGAAGAUAAAAAAAGUAUACCUGAAAGCAAAACAAAAAGAUCUUUGCUAUUCAAACCAAUGAAAAGGUCUACACGACCAAGAAUAUCGCAUAAUCGACAUAUGCGAAGUGCAAUUACCUUUAUAUUGAUAACAGUAAGCUUUUUAAUCUCUUAUUUACCAAGUUUGUUAAUUGCUAAUGGAUUUAUAUGGCCAGUGAAAUGGGAAUUAUCAACAGACACUACUACGAUAGACCAGUCAUCGAGUUAUAAUAAUUAUCAUCAAAUAAAAAAUACGAGUCAAAAUGGUACGUCGCAAAUUCUUACUGAUGAAAGUCUACUGAGCAACUCUGAUUCUUUUCAAUUGGUUGACCCGACAGACAGUUAUCCCUCUAUACAAUCUAAUGAGUAUACUACUAACAAUAAUAAUAAUAGUAGUAUAACAUCCAGUGUUGAGAUUAAAUAUCAUCUGAGACGAUUAUUUCACUUUUUAUACUUUAUAAAUUCAGCGGCAAAUCCAUUAAUUUAUUUCUUUUUCAAUCUAAAAUUUCGUGCUGCAUUAAAACGUUUAUUGACCAGUAUGAGUUCGUGUUUUACAUUUAAGAAUUGAACACGCCAACUAUACUAUUCGUGUGAGUAUGCGCUUGGAGAAUAUGAUGCGUCGUUACACAUCUUUGUAGAAGUCAUCAAAUCUAUCGGACGUGUACAUUAUUGCUUAUACUUAGAUGUAUGUGCCAUUGACAUUUGUAUGGUCUUUUCUAGUUGUGAUAUCAUGAUCAUAUCACGGUCAAUACGACGAUUAAUAAUAAUCAUAAUCAUAAUAAUACUAAUGAGUUAUUUUCUAUCAAAAACUGUAUGAUCCCUAAGAGAGACAGAGAAACAGAGAGAAAUCAAUCACUAGGAGGCCAGUCAG